AUGGGGGGUGUCUUCCUGCAGUUUGCAGGGACUUGGCAUGUCGCAGCUGCCGCUUCCAACUGCUCUGUGUUCCGGAACGUGAAGGACAGGAUGAAGUCAUCCACCAGCACCAUCAGCUUCACGCCAGAGGGGGACCUGGCAAUGAAGCUCGUCUGGCCCCUGGCAGACAGAUGUCAAGAGUUUGAGCUGCUCCUCCAGCGAACGGGGCAGGCAGGGCACUACAUGGCAGUGCAAGAGAAGAAGGACCUGCGCGUGAUGGAGACGGACUACAGCCACUACGCGUUCGUGCACGAGGUCCAGCAGACAGAGCGGGAGUCCAGCACUGCGGUGCAGCUCCUCACGAGGGAGCAGGACGUGAGCCCCAAGAUCCUGCGGGAUUUCGAAGAGCUCCUCACCACCGUGGGCCUGACCAAGGACGAGCUGGUCAUCCUGCCCAAGACGGGUGAGUAUCAGUGCACCGCUGCCAGCAGGUGA